UCUUUUACAGUGCAGUGGCAUCCUUUCUUACAUGCUGGUUCUGUUGCUUAUCAGAGUUCACCACCAGCUCAUUAAACUGUUGAAAAACACAGCAAAAAGGGAAAAAUUUUUUUUUUCUUCCUCUAAUCGAUCAGUUUGGUGCACAGGAUGGUGUUGUGAGGGCAGAGUCAUGUGCCUGGGAGAGGAGCACAUGCCUUUCUGGCACGAAUUGAGUAUACAUGAAGCUCACGGUCUGGACCUGCUAUGACUGACCCAGACGUCCUCACUGAGGUCCCAGCAGCUCUCAAACGCCUUGCCAAAUAUGUGGUGCGUGGCUUUUAUGGCAUUGAGCAUGCUCUGGCUCUGGACAUCCUCAUCAGGAACCCCUGCGUGAAGGAGGAGGACAUGCUGGAGCUUCUGAAGUUCGACAGGAAGCAACUGAGGGCUGUCCUCAACACCCUCAAGGGUGACAAGUUCAUCAAAUGCAGGAUGAGGGUUGAGACAGCCCCUGAUGGCAAAACCACGCGCCAUAACUAUUACUUCAUCAACUACCGCCUGCUUGUUAAUGUGGUCAAGUACAAGCUGGACCACAUGCGCCGCAGGAUUGAGACUGACGAGAGAGACUCCACCAAUCGCGCCUCUUUUAAAUGCCCUAUCUGCUUCAGCACUUUCACGGAUUUGGAGGCCAACCAGCUGUUUGACCCCAGGACAGGAACUUUCCGCUGUACGUUCUGUGAGACUGAAGUAGAAGAAGAUGAGUCGGCAAUGCCCAAAAAGGAUGCAAGGACACUCGUUGCACGGUUUAAUGAGCAGAUUGAGCCCAUCUACGCACUGCUUCGAGAGACGGAAGACGUUAACUUAGCCUAUGAAAUCCUGGAGCCAGAACCCACAGAGAUUCCUGCCCUGAAGCAGAGCAAGGAGCGUGCAGCUGGUGCUGGUUCAGGGGCAGCAGCUGGCCUUGCAGGUGGACACCAUCGGGAAGCAUGGACUACAAAAGGACCAUCAUAUGAGGACUUGUAUACCCAGAAUGUCGUCAUCAGCAUGGAGGACCAGGAGGAUCUGAACCGGUCUGCAAGUGAAGGAAAGCCAGCUAGAGAGAGACCCAUUUGGCUGCGUGAGAGCACGGUGCAGGGGGCUUAUGAUCCAGAUGAAAUCAAAGAUGGGGGCCGGGAUCUGGAUGCGUUCCAGGAGCGUGAGGAGAGCCGGACAGCCCUGGAUGACAAUGAGGAGGUGAUGCGUGCCCUGCUUAUCCACGAGAAGAAGACACCGUCCGCUUCCACCGUCACCGUCAGUGGCGCCGCUCCUCUCUCCGGUGGCAACGGGAGUGACUCCGAGAGCGAAACAAGCGAGUCAGAGGAGGAGUCCCCUCCCCGCCCUGCCGCCAUGGCUACCAUAACAUAUGGGCUGGAAGAGGAGGAGGAGGAUGAAGAGUUCGAGGUGGUGGCAGAAGACCCCACUGUCACAGUGGCUGGGCGUCCACAUUCUUACAGCCAAGUGAGCCAGCGCCCUGAGCUGGUGGCCCAGAUGACGCCGGAGGAAAAAGAGGUUUACAUAGCUAUGGGGCAACGCAUGUUUGAGGACAUGUUUGAUUAACUGGUCUCUGCCAUGGCAUUUUUUAAAAGGUGCCUUUUUAAGGCAGAGACUCUUAACAGAACAGAAGACUGGAGUGCAUCUUCCCUCCCCUGUGUGCAGGCAGGGUCACUGUGGCACAGCACUGCUAAUGUCAGGCAUCCUACUUGCCAGAGCGGGGGAGCAGCAGAGCUGCAUGUACCAAAACACAUAGGGGAGGAUGAGUCUCAGAAGUGAGGAUGCUUGCAAGGUAAAAUUCUGCUUCAGGGUGCCUUGCUACACCUUGCUAUAGGCACUGCUUUAACCUCCUCCAAGGCCCUAGCAGCUCUUUCUCCCGAUGGCUUUAAGUUGAUUUUUGUUGCAGAUCCUAGUGAAGUCCUCAUCCCUGCUCCUAGGGGACAUAAGGGUUCCAUAGUCUGAGCACAGCGCUCUGCUGAGAAGGGCAUAUGUAGCAUACAGCUCAAUGAGGGGAGAGGAGAUGGAAGCAUUUGUCUGCUAAUGGCAAGCUCAGACAGACAGGACUCGUAGCUGACCCUCUGCCAGAAGCCACUGGCCACCAGAGUGAUUCUUUCUAAGCAGGCCUGUAGGUAGCAAUGUUUUCUUGCUCCCAUUCGCUCCCUAAUGGGACUCAGCACCUCAAGGUCAGGUGUAACUUGAAACAGGCAGAGUGAAAGCCUUGGCAAGCACAUGCAGUCAGUCACUUUUUGUCAGUGUAACAAAUGCCCUCCAUGGAUCUGAGCUGCCAGUGCUCUGACUUGCUGGGAGAUACCUUCAUUUUCCAAUAUUGCUGCCUGUUGCUUCUGCCUAGCCCUGUCCAUGAAGAUAUGUAGAAAGUUCACAGUUCACUGCUGUCAGGCAGUGCCAGGGAAGUAGCAUAACUAAGUUUUAUUUGCAAACUCACCAGAGCUAUAUGAUUUUAAGAGGAAUUACACAAUUUUGAGUUCUGCUUGGCACCUUCUUUUACCACAGAAAGACAUUUAUCAGUGCCUAUAGAACAAUAUAAUAUUUCAAUGUUUUUCUCUUUCAAUUGAAAAUGUUGCUUUUAAAAAAUUGUUGUGUUUUCCUACACAGUACUGCAAUAAAACAAAAUUAUAAAAGAGUUUUGUGUUCCAGAGAGUAGGGGCAGCAUUAUGUGCUGUUCCACUUCUGUGGGCGGUACAAAUUUGCCGUUAACUGAGACUGUAAAUCUGUUUUAUACUAACUAUGCUUUCUAUGUUCUGCUAACCUUGUAAUGCCUCCUUUGUGGUUUGAUUUUCAGCUCCUGAAUACCCUGAAUCCCCUUUUUUAAAUGGUGUUUUAAAUUUUCUUUCAAGUCAUUUUAAAGAAGAAUAAAUAAACAGAAACUUCUCCCCUUUGUUAUCUUUCAGUUUAUCUUGUGCCUAGUUGGGAAUGCUGUUUGCUUAUCAUUUUGAUCUGUUGGAUUCAAGAAAAAAACUCCAAUUUGAACUCUUCUUUGAGAGGGCCAUUUGAAAUCCCACUGUACAUUGUUUCUCCUUAGCAGAGCUUCCUUGAAUGCCUCCUGGAAUCUCCUGCACUUCCAGGAUGGAUGUUUCAUUACAUCAGUGCUAUGUAAAAAAACAGAGGCUGGUUUUGAUUAGGACUUCCAUUUCUUUCCUCUUGGUAGAGGACUCGCAGGCAUCGUACUGCUGGUUAAAAUGGUGUUCUUGUGUAGACAGACUUAAAAGAUCUUGUAUCUUCCAGAUAUCAAGUCACUGAGCUGAUAAGUCAGAUUCAGUGAUCAGCUAGCAGAAAAAAAUGUGCUGUACUCAUUCUGUCUAGAUUUAAUCUGGCUGAAUUCAAUAUUAACACUGGAGAAAAGCAGGUAGAUUUACCAGGAGCCAAAAGCAGAAACUGAGAACUAAUCCUGAGUGCAGAAAGCUGCUUGUGCUCUGAAAUGUAUACUGAGUAUGACUGUAUAGUGAGUUUUCAGUGUGCAAAAUCAAGCUGUAGGUUUAGUGAAGAUGAAGUGAAGGA